AUGAAGCAGACGAAGGAGUCGCUCGGCACGCUGCGCACGCAGACGCAGAGCGUACGGCAGCUCGCGAGCACGAAGGUCGGCGGCGCACGCGCGUACAUCGACGACGGGAAGGCGAAGCUGGACAGCCGGAGCCAGAACGCGCUCACGAAGAUGGAGGAGCUGCAGGACACGGUGGAGAACAUCAAGGAGGACGUGAUCAAGCGCAACGUCUCGCCCAAGCCGCUAGUGAUCAAGGCGGUCAAGGCGGACAUGGAGGCCGUGACUGCGGAGCUGCAGAGCCUCAAGGAGCACAUACAGACCGUGAAGCCGAUGUGGAAGAAGACGUGGGAGGCAGAGUUGCAAAACAUCGUCGAGGAGCAGCAGUUCCUGCAACACCAGGAGGAGUUCCUCAGCGAUCUGCUCGAGGAUAACAAAGCUGUCCUGGAGGUGUAUGGGCACGUGGAGAAGGUGAUUACGCUUCGCGGCGCGUCAUCGCGCGCUAGCCGGGGGCGAGGCUUCAAGCCGCCGCCGAUGGAUGAAGGGCACACCGGUUUGAGCACGGUGAUGCUAGAGAUUCGCGGGGCGGCGGUCGACCAGGAGCGGCGGCUGAAGGCGAUUGCGGCGAACGAGAAGAUACGGGAGAAGGAGCUGGCCAGCCGGUCGGACGAGUUCCAGUCCGAGCUCAAUGGGUUUGUCGUGGGCAAGAAGCUGAAGAUGACAGGCGGUGCAGAGGAGGUAGAGCGGGUUCGACAAAGGAGGAACGAGCAGACGCUGAAGGCCAUGUUCACUGGCUCCACCUCAGCGUCGAGCUCGGCCCCGACAUCGCCAGCCCCGGAGUGA